AUGACCAAACUAGGACAUCAGAACCUAAACAUGACCAGACUAGGACAUCAGAACCUAAACAUGACCAAACUAGGACAUCAAAACCUAAACAUGACCAAACUAGGACAUCAGAACCUAAACAUGAUCAAACUAGGACAUCAGAACCUAAGCAUGAUCAAACUAGGGCAUCAGAAUCUCAACCUGACCAAACUAGGACAUCAGUGCCUAAACAUGACCAAACAAGGACAUCAAGGACAUCAGAACCUAAACAUGACCAGACUACGACAUCAGAACCUAAACAUGACCAGACUUGGACAUCAGAAUCUAAACAUGACCAAACUUGGACAUCAGAAUCUAAACAUGACCAAACUUGGACAUCAGAACCUCAACCUGACGAAACAAGGACAUCAAGGACAUCAGAACCUAAACAUGACCAGACUAGAACAUCAGAACCUUAACAUGACCAAACUAGGACAUCAGAAUCUAAACCUGACCAAACAAGGACAUCAAGGACAUCAGAACCUAAAUCUGACCAAACUAGGACAUCAGAACCUAAACAUGACCAAACUAGGACAUCAAGAACAUCAGAACCUAAACAUGACCAGACUAGGACAUCAGAACCUAAACAUGACCAAACUAGGACAUCAGAACCUAAACCUGACCAAACUAGGACAUCAGAACCUAAAUAUGACCAAAAUAGGACAUCAAGAACAUCAGAACCUAAACAUGACCAGACUAUGA